CAAUUCAUUAUAUGUUGCUGGUUGCCGCCAAGAUAUUCAGUUAAGUUCCCGUAAUCGCAGGCUUCGCCGCCCUCAACCUCCGUCACCAGUGCAGCCAUGGGUCGUAUGCAUAGCCGCGGCAAGGGUAUUUCCUCUUCGGCUUUGCCUUAUAAGAGAACUCCUCCGAGUUGGCUUAAAACCUCCUCCCAGGAUGUAGAUGACAACAUUUGCAAGUUUGCGAAAAAGGGACUGACGCCAUCACAGAUCGGUGUAAUUCUUCGCGACUCUCACGGUAUUGCUCAGGUAAAGAGUGUGACUGGAAGCAAGAUUCUCAGGAUUCUCAAAGCGCACGGGCUUGCACCGGAGAUUCCCGAA